AUGAAUCCACUGUGUAGCAGAUGUAAUCUCGUCGUCUACCCCACGGAAAAAAUCAAUUGUCUGGACAAGUACUGGCAUGUGAGAUGCUUCCGCUGCGAGGUCUGCAAUAUGUCUCUAAACAUGAAGAAUUACAAAGGUUUUGCCAAGAGACCAUACUGCAAUGCACACUACCCUAGGGCAAACUUCACCUGUGUGGCUGACACUCCAGAGAACAUCCGCCUCAAACAGCAGAGCAAGAUGCAGAGCCAAGUUCUCUACAAGGAGGAUUUUGAAAAGAAUAAAGGGAAAUCUUUCACCGUGGUAACAGACACACCAGAGCUGCAGAGACUCAAGAAAUCACAGGACCAAAUCAGCAACAUCAAGUACCAUGAGGAGUUUGAGAAGAGCAAGAGUUCACAUUUGCAUGAGGAGGGCAGGAUUCAACAUCAACCGCCAGGCAACACUGCCCCUGCUUACCAACCCUCAGCAGCCGCUCAGAACUACCACUAUGAGCAUGCCCCGGAGCCUGUGCGUCCCGCGGCUGCUGCACCACCUCCUAGUGCUGGGAAGCGGUACCGAGCGGUGUACGACUAUGUGGCCGCCGACGAGGACGAAGUUUCUUUCAUGGAAGGCGACGUGAUCGUGGACGUGCAACAGAUUGAUGAGGGCUGGAUGUACGGCCGUGUGGAACGCACCAACAUGCAGGGGAUGCUGCCCGCCAACUACGUGGAGGCCAUCUGA